UGCUCCCGCCGCCUCCGCCCGCCGCCCCGGCCGCGUCGGGUAAACCUGUUCUGCGAGGCAACCGUGCCGGGGCGGAUCGUGCGGCUAGCAGCAGCUCCUGGCGGCUCGCGGCGUCGGGGCCCGUGGAGCGCGCGGUCGGUCUUCAGCCGCGGCCCUCCGCACCACCACCAUGUACUCCGGAGCCGGCCCCGUUCUUGCUUCUCCUGCUCCGUCGACAUCGCCCAUCCCAGGAUAUGCCUUCAAGCCUCCACCUCGGCCGGACUUCGGCACCUCCGGGAGAACAAUCAAACUACAGGCCAACUUCUUUGAAAUGGACAUCCCCAAAAUUGACAUCUAUCACUACGAGUUGGACAUCAAACCAGAGAAAUGCCCGCGGAGAGUGAACAGGGAAAUAGUGGAGCACAUGGUCCAGCACUUUAAGACCCAGAUCUUCGGGGACCGGAAGCCAGUGUUUGAUGGAAGGAAGAAUCUGUACACUGCCAUGCCCCUUCCAAUCGGCAGGGACAAGGUGGAACUGGAGGUCACGCUGCCAGGAGAAGGCAAAGAUCGUAUCUUCAAGGUGUCCAUCAAGUGGGUGUCGUGCGUGAGCUUGCAGGCAUUACACGAUGCACUUUCGGGGCGGCUGCCCAGCGUCCCUUUUGAGACGAUCCAGGCCCUGGACGUUGUCAUGAGGCACUUGCCAUCCAUGAGGUACACCCCUGUUGGCCGUUCCUUCUUCACUGCGUCUGAAGGCUGUUCUAACCCCCUGGGUGGGGGCCGAGAAGUGUGGUUUGGCUUCCACCAGUCCGUCCGACCUUCUCUUUGGAAAAUGAUGCUGAAUAUUGAUGUAUCGGCAACAGCAUUUUACAAGGCACAGCCAGUGAUUGAGUUUGUUUGUGAAGUUUUGGAUUUUAAAAGUAUUGAAGAACAACAAAAACCUCUGACAGAUUCCCAAAGGGUAAAGUUUACCAAAGAAAUUAAAGGUCUAAAGGUGGAGAUAACGCACUGUGGUCAGAUGAAGAGGAAGUACCGUGUCUGCAAUGUGACCCGUCGGCCGGCCAGUCACCAAACGUUCCCGCUGCAGCAGGAGAGUGGGCAGACAGUGGAAUGCACAGUGGCCCAGUACUUCAAGGACAGGCACAAGCUGGUUCUGCGCUACCCCCACCUCCCGUGUUUACAGGUUGGACAAGAGCAGAAACACACCUACCUUCCCUUGGAGGUCUGUAACAUAGUAGCUGGACAGAGAUGUAUUAAAAAGCUAACGGACAAUCAGACCUCAACCAUGAUCAGAGCAACAGCCAGGUCGGCACCGGAUCGUCAAGAGGAGAUCAGCAAACUGAUGCGAAGUGCAAGUUUCAAUACGGACCCAUAUGUUCGUGAGUUUGGAAUCAUGGUCAAAGAUGAGAUGACAGAUGUGACAGGGCGGGUUCUGCAGCCACCCUCCAUCCUCUAUGGGGGCAGGAACAAGGCGAUUGCCACCCCUGUCCAGGGUGUGUGGGACAUGAGAAACAAGCAGUUUCACACAGGCAUCGAGAUAAAGGUGUGGGCCAUCGCCUGCUUCGCACCCCAGCGCCAGUGCACGGAAGUUCAUCUGAAGUCCUUCACAGAGCAACUGAGGAAGAUCUCAAGAGACGCUGGGAUGCCUAUCCAGGGUCAGCCCUGCUUCUGUAAAUACGCACAGGGGGCAGACAGUGUGGAGCCCAUGUUCCGACACCUGAAGAACACCUACGCUGGUCUGCAGCUGGUGGUGGUCAUCCUGCCUGGCAAAACGCCUGUGUAUGCCGAAGUCAAGCGUGUGGGAGACACAGUGCUGGGGAUGGCCACCCAGUGCGUGCAGAUGAAGAACGUGCAGAGGACCACGCCCCAGACCCUGUCCAAUCUCUGCCUAAAAAUCAAUGUCAAACUGGGAGGCGUCAACAACAUCCUGCUGCCACAGGGCAGGCCUCCAGUGUUCCAGCAACCUGUCAUCUUCCUGGGAGCCGAUGUCACCCACCCCCCAGCUGGGGAUGGGAAGAAGCCUUCGAUUGCUGCAGUCGUGGGCAGCAUGGACGCACACCCCAACCGCUACUGCGCCACCGUGCGUGUCCAGCAGCACCGACAGGAGAUCAUCCAGGACCUGGCUGCCAUGGUCCGUGAGCUGCUCAUCCAGUUCUACAAGUCGACCCGCUUCAAGCCCACCCGCAUCAUCUUCUACAGGGAUGGCGUCUCCGAGGGCCAGUUCCAGCAGGUCCUCCAUCAUGAGCUGCUGGCCAUCCGAGAGGCCUGCAUCAAGCUGGAGAAGGACUACCAGCCGGGGAUCACGUUCAUCGUGGUGCAGAAGCGCCACCACACACGCCUCUUCUGCACAGACAAGAAUGAGCGGGUUGGGAAGAGUGGGAACAUUCCAGCAGGCACAACCGUUGACACGAAAAUCACCCAUCCAACUGAGUUUGACUUCUACCUGUGCAGCCAUGCUGGCAUCCAGGGGACAAGCCGUCCUUCUCACUACCACGUGCUUUGGGAUGACAAUCGAUUCUCUUCGGACGAGCUGCAGAUCCUGACAUACCAGCUGUGUCACACCUACGUGCGCUGCACACGCUCCGUGUCCAUACCUGCGCCAGCAUACUAUGCUCACCUGGUGGCCUUCCGCGCCAGGUACCACCUGGUGGAUAAAGAACAUGACAGCGCCGAAGGAAGCCAUACCUCUGGGCAGAGCAACGGGCGAGAUCACCAAGCGCUGGCCAAAGCGGUCCAGGUCCACCAGGACACACUGCGUACCAUGUACUUUGCUUGACAUGUUGUAGUGUUUAGCGAUUGUGUACCAAGUUGGAUUCACACGAGACCAGCUACACUCAGACCAACAGAUGCCCAGCCCCUUCGUGACAGCCAGCAUCGAACAUGAGACGUCUUUGGUUUUAUUAGAUCCUCCAUUUUCCAGAAUGCCUUCCGUCCCAGAUUUCAAACUUGGAUUUUGAGCUGCAGGCCUGUAUUGAGACCCCAUUGUAGGAAACAUGGUUUGCCAAAACCCAUAAGCUGCUCACUGAAAAAGUCCCAUGUUUCCUAAAAACAAAAUAGCAACAACAAAAUGUCCUAAAACCAGUCUGUGAACUCUCAGGGCUUUAAAACAUUAGUUUAUUCGGUCGUUCGCUUACUCGUUUUAAACACCUGAUUCUCAAUGAAAUCAAUGGGCUCCACCUAGCUGUGAAGGCUCUGAGCGUGAAAGCCACACCAUCACCAUUGGGGUUUUAAAGCCUGGCCCUAAGAAGUUGUCGCUAAUGUUCAGUUCUAAGGGACGCCAUGUGCCCUGCAGCCCCAGGGCAGAUGGCUGCUAGGUAUCCAUGGUGUCUCUUGCCUGCCACUGCCUGCCCUCGAGGCCUAAACAAAGGCGUCGUGGCAGCGGACGGUCACGUGUGUCUAGAGACACACAGGUCCGAGAGAUUGGCAGACAAGUGCCAUUUUGAUAAAAAUUUAUUUAAAAGGAGAAAAAAAGACAAUAUACUGACAGUCUAAUCAUAAGAUUUGUCCUGUGGGACUGUGACAUUUAUUUUCCAAAGUUUCUAAAGAAUACGGGUCUGUGGUGAUAAAUACAGUACAAUCCUUUUUCACUGUUAUGUCUUUAAUGUAAGAGAAGAAUAUAUAUAUAUCUGGUUUGCAGUAUUAAUGUGCUAGGUAGAUGCUGUUUUCCUUUUGUUGACUAUGGGGUGCUUCUUGGGACCUGGUUCACAUAUCAGGAGCUGUUCGGAGCCUGGAGACAGGCCACCUCUUGUGGCUUUUAGUGCUUAAGUAGAGGAAUAUGCAACUGGCUUCACGUGACAGCGAUGCACCCCUCCUCCCCCCCCUCCCCAGUGUGGACUGUGUAGCCUGUACCUCUGGGAAGGACAGCGUGCUUGCCAGUAAUUUGCCGUUCUCCCUGCCUCCUCCAUGUGUGUCGCUCAGCCGAUGAAGCACAAAUGGAAUUUAUUUCUUCUUCCAUUGCUGGGAACGAGUUCACGGACGAGCGCACCCCUCUCGGUGUACAGUUCUGGAAGGUGGGUUUCGUAGGAUCUAUGCACUGAAAUGGAGAGAGAGAGAGCUGCCGGCGGGCGGCUCUGCUGGCGUGGGACUGGCAGGUAGGAACGGAGCAUACCCGAGAAGCCGAUGGUGGACAAGGCCAGCAGGGAAGGCACAGACUGCUCUGGGUGGCGUUUGCUUCUGGGCCUCAACCUGGCCUGGCCACCCUAGAGACCAUUGAACUGAGAGGGACACUCCAAGCGGCCCUGUGGGUGGCAGCAGCCGCUUCAGUGUGUGUGUGUGUCCCGUGGGACUCUUUGUGCUUAUCCUGAAGCUGAGCGAGAAUCAGGUCCGUGUUCCACACCCGAGUUCCCGGAAGGAGCUGAGCCUCCUCUCUCUUCUGUGCUGCUUUGUGCUCUGUGGGUUUUCUCCGCCCCUGCUGACGGUCGUUACCCUCCCCCACCCCCCACCCCACCCCCAGCUCUGCGUGAUUUACCUCUGACCCUGCGGUGGAGCAAGGGUGCCCACCCCUGCCCUCCACUGUGGCUGGCACCUCAUGCUUGAGGGCACAGUGCCACCUCUGCCCCAUCACCCACCUGCUCUGGAGCUGGUGGGCAGGGCGGACGCAGCGACCUGGGAAUUCAUACCCGCAGCGGGGUGUGUAUCUGUGUGUGCAUGUGGGUGUCUUACUAAUGACAUUAGUCUCUUCUUGCUGUGUCUUUAAAAAUCUUUUAAAGUGACAAACUCCAGUCUAAGAAGCACUGGGGCUGUCUGCUGUCCCAUUGGCAAGUGGCACUUUCUCAAACUGUUUCCAAAAGGAUAUAAAAACACUCUUUCUUAGCCCACCACGCGUGGUCAGGCUGAAGAACUUGUUCAACUGGUAAACUUUUAGACUCUGAAAUUAGAUUGUGUUUGGCUAUUCUUCACACCGGAUGUCUCAAAGGUGUAUCUUUUGCCCCUUGCCAUGGGAUCUCAGUCAUGCAAAUGAGUGUGUUAGAAUGCAGAUUCUCAGGCCUGCUGCCAGCCUCUUGGAUCUGGUGCAGCCAGCUGGGCAUCUGUAUUUUAGGCCACCCCCUCCCCCACCCCCACCCCUGUGGCUGUGGAGGCUUUCUGAGGCAGUCCCCCAUGACGCCUCCGAGGGAGCAGGAAGGAACCCUGUCAGAGCUCACACCUAAGGAGCACUUGUGAGCUGGGAAAAAAAAAAAAACAAAACCUGAGCUGGGAGUUUUGUUUUGUUUUGAUCGUCUUGAAGGAUAAGUUUUCUUUUUGAUGGGCUAAAGUACUUUCUUUGGCUGAUGAUUACUUGUGACACUUUUAAUACAGAAACCAUCCCCAGACCAAAUGUCCCCAAUUGAGUUUAGAUGCACAUCGUCCACACUUCCGAUGGUGCAGUUUAUAAAUGGCUGGAGUUCCAAUUUCUCAGGUAAAUAAUUGUUUCCCCGGAUUUUUGCCCUCCCCUGAUUAUUAGCGUAAGUUCUGAGACAGUGUGAGACCUCCGAGUCUUCUGCGGGAGCCAGCUAUCAGGCUGCGCCCGUAACUGGCGACAGGGGCCGCUCGCUCCUGAAGUAUCUCCCGAGGAGGGGAUGCCUGGCCAAGGUUGAGGACUGCCCACUUACUUGCUAGCUGUGUGUUCCAACCCCACUGUUAAGUAAGGUGUGCCUUGCUUUAAGCAAACUGAAUGUGAUUAUGUUGUUAUGCUCUGUAUCCAUUUGCAAGGGAAACUAGGAUGUGCCUGUCUCUUUAAGAGAGGCUACCCAAUCAGACUCCCAUGCUGGGACUCUUCCUAGUAUGUUGUAAGAUAGUCACUUUUCAAAACCCAGUCAUGACUUCUAUCCCUUUACCACUGUGUACACCAUGCAGCAGCUUCUCCCCGUGCUGACGAAGCAGUUUAAAACUCUAGGGAGACCUCAGUGCCCCGUUCUGUAGAUGAGCCCUUAGUAGUAAUACUAGCAAAACUCCAAUCUUGUCACCACUGUGUCGCAAGCCCAGACUCUCCUAGUUCCCAUCAACCCUGAAGCUGAGCACACCUGUACUUCUAGAAAGGGGCUGCCUGGGGAAGUCCUCACAUGCACACUUGAUACUCCUUGGUCCACUCUGCUUUCUCCAGAUUUGACCUCUUCGCCACUCACUCCUCACACCCACCCGCUUACUGGCCUCGAGGCCACAGGGCCCUGCCAGUGGGAGGCCGCUAGCUCCAUGCUGUCCGCAGCUAGCCCAACAACUGUUUUCCUCAUGUUUACCUGUUACUGAGCGCUCGACAGAAAGACAGCCCCUGCAGUGGGGUUGGCCAGGGUUUUUUUUUGUUGUUAUAUGUUAUUUUAUUGUUUUUAAAUGCAGAUGUUGCUAUUUAUUUUUUUCCCUCCUGCUCCAGUUUUAUUCACCUGAGUUGGCUCUCCCAAUGCAUGUGGUACCUGAUGGAUAUGGUAGAGAUUAUUUCCCCCAACUUUUAUAAAUGACCCGACGUUUACCUUCAGGCUUGCGGAUGCUUUAUUUUUGGAAGCCACAGAUGUAGUUUUUCUGGAUGAAUUGUUUUUCUUAUAGAUGCAGCAGUAUGCUUUUGCAUUGAUCUGCAGGGUGAUUUGAAUUUUAUUUUUACAAGCAGUUUUUCAAUCAAAUUCUAUAUUUGAUACAGUGUGUUAAGGGUCGACCAGCCCCGAGUCAUGCAGCUGGGACCCCUGAGUGUCCAGGAGGCCUUAGGGCUGGGCGGCCUCUCUCGGCAGUCCCUGUGGUGGUAGCAGUGGCUGGUCACAGGAACCUUCAGGGUCCUUCAGCAUGGCCCUGACCUCUUGGAUUGUUACAAGGAUUUUUCAUGGGCAUUUUGCUACGCAGGCAGUGGACAAUCCCGGUGGCCCCGGACAAGCCAUAAGCAACCUUUCUGUGACCUUUCCCUGACUCAUUUUCCACCCCCACGAAAAAAGGAAUGUCCCCUGAGUAGCAGUUACACUCCCUUGGUGUUCAUAUGCCUCAUCUGUGAAUGCAAACAUUUUGUUUCUGUUUUGAGCCCUUCCCCAAAGUAACCAUGCUGGCUGGCUCACGGUAGGCAGCGUAGUGUACCUCUGUCAUGGGUGCCCUGUUGCAGGCAUGCUGACUCCCGGAAGUUGCACUGAUCUUGCGACAGUUUCCUUUAUCGCAUCCAACUCCAUAUCUGCUGUACUCCUCUGAAGGGAUUGUAAACAGAUGCAGUGGCAGGAGUGGUGUGGAUGUGGGACGUUGCCUCGCUUCUGCCAUCCCAACACACAUUUCAGUAUUAUAUGCUAGCGUGUGCGGACUGGACUCUGUUCUCUCGAGCACUGCGGACUAGCCUUGUCCUGCUUUUGGACAAGAAGUUCUCCACCUCUGGACAGGACGGCAGUGCUCUUGGAGACCUGAAGGCUUGAAUGUAAACGGAUUAGUUAGGAGUCUCUGUGGCACUUUUGGUCUGUUUUCUUUGUGGUCCGCCAGGCCCCCCAAAGUAUGUCAUUCUAGUUCCACGUGACCUUUGUCAGCUUGGACAGCAUCUGAAUGGCCCAGCCAGUGUUAACAGGCCAUCGCUGCAUUUCUUUGACCAGCCCUCAACUUAAAGCUGUAAGGUCACGGCUGUGUCCAGCUGUCAUUUAUGGUGCCAUCCAUGGAUGGCAGGGAUACCUGAAACCCAGCCCCUUCACGCCUUGUGACCCUGCUGGGGUUCUAAGUACAAGCUCUGUUCAGCCCCACAUGAACUGUCUGUGGUCAGGGUACCCAGUGUCUGAAACAAGGAGCUUUUACACGCAAACCGCCGUGUGUGUGUGUGUGUGUGUGUGUGUGUGUGUGUGUGUGUGUGUGUGAUGUCAGUGCCAUCGCAGAGCCCUCACUUUGUGUCUUUUGGAUUUGUUCUGCCAUUUUAUUGUCUCAAGUUGAAUGUAUCGGCUUAGCCAAAUCACUACAGAAGGUGGUUUCUAAAAACCUUUUAGACAGAUGCAUAAAAGCUACCUCUGACUUCUCAUUGGUUUGUGUUUGCUCUGAAGCAUCGCUAUCCACACUGAAUAUAGCCAAAAUGUCGCCUGAAUAAACCGAGUUGUGAACUCCUCUGUUCAGUUCUGGCUUGAAAACGUGUGUGCCAUACUGUGAUCUGGGGCGGCCCUCUCUGCUAUCCAGGGGCUCCUCAGCACCGCCCACCUACGAGAGUCUAGCACCGGAGAGGCUGGUAGAAGGGCUUCUCUGCAUGGGGAACAUGCAUCCUCCAGGCUGGUGGGAGUGACUGUCGAGGGCCCCAUGCGGCCGAGCCUGGAGACGGCCCGUUCCUACCUGUCUGGGCUUUCCUAUUAAAUGUAAUAAGAAGGCAUCUUUUCCCCUGCUGGCUUACGAAUGGGUUGUAAGGGGCUUGCUUCCCUGCUCUCUCCUUCCUUUUUAUACACUAUAAACUCAUAAAGGUGCUUCAACACCGACUCUCGUGCAGAUAAUGUAUUUACAGCAGUUGCAUGGGUUCAGAGAGUGCAGGCAGAGCUGGCCUGUGAUCUUGGGACCCUGUGUGAACGUGGAGGGCUGAGAGCGCUGUCCUCUGACCCCGGGCUCUCUAGUGUUGGCAGUGCAGAGCUGACUUCCAGAGUUGUCAUGGACACCCACCACCUCUAACCAGACCUCCUGUGUGUGCUUGUCUACUUUACUGUCCAGAAGGUCAUCCUCAUACAUCAUGGCUAGAUCUACCUACAUCCCCUUAGCCUCUCUCAAAGUCUCCUUGGGCUAAUUUUGGAAAGUCAGCAUAAGAGUCCCCCACUAGUUGGCUUAGGAAAUCUUGAGGACAGUUGGACAGGGUCAUGAAGGCAGGUGCUUGGGUGUUAAGGGGGAUGGGAGAGCUCUGCCAACUGUUAUCUUUGUGACCCUCCCCUCUAGUUCUGGGGCACGGUUGGCUGCGGCCGGGGGUGUCACCUUACAUGCUUUUGACCUGGGCAGCUCACUACGCUUAGAAGUCCUCACACAUUUCUAUGUGGAGGGACCGAGGCAUGGCAUGUGGGUAUUUGUGGCACCCCAGCUUAUAUGGGUCCUCUAACUCGGCUGAGGGUUUGGUGAGAAUCCAGAGAGGCACAGGGCUCGAGACAUGUUCUGCCUAGGGUCGUGCCCGCCCUCAGAGGGCACCAGCACAGAGGCAGCCUCCCCUCUCAUGACUCUUGUGAGGGAUACCAAACAACCCAAGGCCUGGCCACUGCAGUCUUCAGCUAACACUUUUUUUGUUUUGUUUUGUUUUGUUUUGUUUUUUUUAACUGGUUGCCGUGAGAACUCUGGCUAUGUGAAACCUUUCUGUGCUCUGGCGGGUCCUCCGUUCCUGAGGGCUAAAAAGGUUGAAGGAGCUCCUGUUUUGUUUAGAGCUGCCUUUAUUUAUUUGAGUUCAUUUAAAGCUAAGGCACCGGACAGUACCUUCUUCCCUGUGGGUGUCACUAGGAAGUAGGUGUGGGGACCCUCCUCAUUGGGUUCUUUCUGCCUCUUCAAGCUCCUUAACAUCAGUGGGUCACAAGAGCACCUCCACCAGCCUUGAGCAGAGUGAGGUGCAUAUGUGGGCUAUCUCCAUGUUGUAAUGGCCACUCAAGGUGGGGACAGAGCAGGCCCUCCAUCCUACAGAGCAGGUGGCCCCAGCCCUGCCUCCAGGCUCCGGCUGCCCUGGCUGGACACCUAGUCCCACACCUUGCCCCCUUAAAGUUUAAAGUUUGUUCCUCUCUGCCCUUUUAGAACCCUGCUGGGGCUGGUCUUUAGUUGACCCUGCCUAGAAAGCUCACCAGCCCUCGGCUCCUUCUUGUAAACUGUGAUACCACCCUGCAGCCAUAGAGACCCCCUCAGUCAGUCCCAUCCUGGAUUCUUCGUGUCCUAACACGCAGGCUCGCCUCUGCUGGGGUUUGAGGAGACAGGUGCAAGACCAUUACUUGGUCGGGUGUUGACUGCAACCACUGGCAAAGGCCGGUGUUGUGUUCUCUGCCCCUCAGCAAAGGUCUUGUGUUCUCUGCCCCUCAGCAAGCCUGCCUGUUUUAGUGGAAGUAGGGUUAGAGGGAAUUGGAAUCAUGUCUUUGUGAAUCUUGUGUGACGUCCUCAGGCGUAAGGUGCUAUUUGGUCCUAAUGUUUUGGAAUGCUUUUUCCUUGUUGUUACUCUGUUCUGUGACUCUGGGGGAGACUGCUCAUUUAGAUGUGCUAUCACUUAAACCGAAAACAUAGGACUCCAGCUUUGACAUGCCUAUGAUGUAAUUCUUAUCUCUGACCUCAAGCCAGGGAUGAAGCAGUUUCCUAGCCUAGUCUAAUUAAAACCACCCUCCCUGGCAAGGGGUGUCUUUGUUGGUUUUAAUAGGGGAAGUGAUCUGUUUUAUUUAUUUUUUUAAUUGCAUAGAAAAAGCCUUUGCCUGUGCAGCGCUGGCUGUGGAGGGAUAACGCAUUAACAAUUUUGGUUCCUCUUCAAAACCAAAUAGACUGAUGUGAUUAAACUCCGAAAGGGUACAAUUCAGCAUUAAAUUGAAAUUUGAAUCCUGUGUUUGAGAAGGAAUUUCAGUGUAGUUGUUUAAGUUAUGAAUUCAUGUUUUAUAACUGUAGGGACAAACGCUCUUUUAUUUAACAAAAUAAAAAAUGUUGUAAGAGAAUAAUUGUAAGUUUCUGUGCAGCAGAGUGGCUACUGCCUCAUAAAUACAGGAAAAGAAUGUAGCCCUGAACCCAGACUCUCUUACCUCUCAUACACUUCAGAUUACCUGUCUAAUAUGUAUUGAGGGGUUUCAGUCCUUUUCUCAAUUUUUCUAGUUUUAUUUUCAUUUUGUAAAAUAAUUGAAAAAGCACCAAAAAUGAAUUCAGAAGUUUCCUAGUGGCUCCUUGCCCAGUCUUAAUCCCCCCCCCCCACUCAAGGGUUUUUAGAAGACAUUUUGAAUCAAGAUGUAUUUCAUCCAUUUAACGCUUGCUACAUUCUGAGGAGUGGAGUGGUGGCUAGAAGGGCCUGUUUCAGGUGGUACUCUGUAUGUCAUGGACAUGUCUGUACCUGUACAGUGGACCUAUGUGACAACGUCUUGUGCUUGCGGUUUAGAAACCACGCAGUGCUGUUUUGUAAAAUGACAGUUUCUGUGUUAACUAUUAUUUAUAACCCUUGGCCCCCUCUGUAUAACUUUUCAUUUGCUACAUGGAUUGUAUAAUUAAUUAUAAAAUUACAGUACCUGCUAAACCCAAUUCUGAGGCUUCAUGUCAUUGUCUUCGGUUUGAUGCCAGUCUGUGGAUUGUGAGGACGCCCAGGCCUUGCCUGAUACCAGUAGUGAUGUCACUUUAAAUUAAGCCUUAAUCAGAUAGUGAAUUUGUGCAUUUCAGAGUAUGCAAAAAAUAAAAAUAAUGAAUAAAAUAGGCAGCGUGAGUUUCAACUGUCCAAAUCAAGAUGCUCAAUCGUAACUCAGCACAUGUUCCUCUGGAGUUAAAAAGGGCCGUUCGUUGCCAGGGUUACACUUCUCCUCCUCACUUGUGCUCUCCUGCGUGGCUUGAUGAAAACAGAUCAUGUGCAUUUCUGUGGCAGUCUAUCUAGAGACCUUUGCAGGGACAUCUUCAAACGUCUGAUUUCUCUCCUCUGGUCGGAGAGGAGCCUUGGCUGCUGGGAAGAUGAUCGAGGCGUUGGUUUCACCAACCUGCUCAUAGGCUAAGCUCUCUGCAGGUACUGCCACCUGUCGUUGCUUCUGCAUAGAAUACAACAGGUUUUUAUUUCUGUAAAAGCAUCUUCGAUCUUGAGAUAAGAUAGAGGGGACCCAGCUUUCUUUACAAUGUGGAUCUACCUCAGUUAAACAGUUGGGUGCUAUUUACUAAGUCUGUCAAAUUAAAUUGGAGAAAGUAACCAAACGGGUGGGACGUAACUAACUCCACAUGAAACUUGAAAUCAUCACUUCCGUUUAUUUAAUGGUUUCUUUAAUUUAUUUUGUGCCUUUUAUGUUAACCCUAAUGCAUUUUUGAAAUUCAGAAUAGUCAUUUUCUCUUGCAAGUGGGGGAGCCCGACUAACCAUGCAAGUAUCCCAUCCGACUGCUAUUGUUAUUGGGAUCCCAGCCCCCACUUGGGAAAAUGUGUCCAAAAGCAAAUUUUACACAUAACAUUGUACACAUAACAUACCCCAGCUCUUCUAUGCAUGUGUUCAUAGCUAUCACUUCAUUUCUGUGCCAUUGAAGAGGCACUCCCCCCCAAAAAAAAAGAUACCCCAAGUACGUGUGUCUGCUUUUUUAGCUGUUCGUAUCCCUCUCCCUCCGGCAUGUUUUGUAUAAGACUUUCUUUCAUAAACAGCAAAUGGCCAGUUGUCAAUUCCAUCUCCUGGUUUGCAUGGUGAAAGUGCUAACACCAUGGGCGGAGGAGGGGCAAGGCAAGCUCACGGCCGUCUGGAGGCCAAGGCUGGAGGUGGGGAAGAUGUACAUUCUGCGGCAGCCUGUGGUUUCUGAAGUCAGGAACACUUUUUGAUGGGUAAGAAAAUAAGAUCGGAGAUCGAUGACUUUCCACACUUUUAUAUUUGGCUGUUUACAAUUCUAGACUUUUCCUACUAUGGCAAUCUUUUUUAACAGUUCUUUGGAGGUAACACAAUAUUUUGGAGUCUUAAUGAAUUUGAUUUUAUACCAAUAAGAAAUAAAAGUUAGGGAGCUUUCCUGUAGUGUAUAGUCUUACUCUUUUAAAGAGAUCUCUGGAUUUUAGAAGAGAACUGUACUUGGUGGCAAGACUCCGAAAGGUGAUUUGGGAGCUCCCCCCCGCCCCCCCGCCUUGCAGGAUCUCAAAAAAGGAAAGAAAAAGAUGAUUCUAGUUAGACGUGUGUGGGGUUUCUUUUGUUUUUAAGCUUCCAUCAGGUUGAUACUUAAGCUGUAUUUUAUAGACUUAAUCCCCCUUUUAGUAUGCUGCGUAUGGAUAUGAAGCUCAGAGCUGUUGCACUUUCUCUGUACUCAAUGCCCUACAAUUGGCUUGCCGGAAGCAUUUGUUUUAACCUUGACGAGUACUUUGGGCAGGUGAUGAAAUUUACAUAGGUACCUCAGUCCAAGACCUGCGUGUGCUGCAUUUUGGUUUGUUCUUUUGUUUUGGUUUUCGGGGUUUUUUUGUUUUAGCUUUUCUAUGUAGCAUUAUAUUUUACUUUAUUUUGUUAAGAUAUUAUAUUUUUUUGGACCCCAGUAGACUGCCGAAAGGAACCCUAAACCAUUAGUAUCCUUCUUUUUUCUCCCUGCAGUAUGUGGUUCUAAAGGUCACCCCACAGUAGGAAUCUUUCCCAAGCACACCUGAGGAAAAGGGUACUACGCUUCUCAGCAGGCCGUGCCGCUCAGAUCCUUUGUGUUCAUGCUGCUUCCUUGAUUUCCUCCUCCACGUCACCCCAGGGUGGGGACCUCCAGUGCAAAGCUGUGGCAUCUUAACUUUUACACACAGACCUCAUGUCCACUGAGUCAGUAGCAUGACCGUAAAGGCGCGGCCGGCGUGCAGCCGCUGGGCAGCCUGGCCUUGGAGCGGCUGCCUUCCUGUGUGUCUUUCCUUCUCAGCUCUCACCCACCGUGCCCGGGUCGGGUGGUCUGCAUGGACAAGACAGCUGGUGAAGGAGGCGGAACGCUGAGACGCCGCGCAUCUCUUGUCGUGUUUAAGCUUAGCUGGGUCCUUUCGAGUUUGUUUUCACGGCUUACUAGGUUAAAUAGUUUGCACUAUUUUUGCAAUAAAUUCAUGGGAAACCUAACAGCUACUUAUGUUGUUCUUACUGUGUGUAUAAACUAAUAUUAAAAGUUUGGUAUAGUGUUUUUCACCUCCUUAUGUAGCCCCCUAACAUGCACAGAAUGCUGUAAAUCUGAUAAAAUAUGAUGUGAAUGAUAUUUUAUAAAGUUAUUUUGUAUGGUGUCAAUUUGUUUUGCCGCAUAGUAUGUCAGCAAAAAAAUAAAAUAAAAUUCCUCAUAUUUACAGCUGCCUA